AUGAUAUUGUUGACUGUUUUAAUAUAUUUUUUAUUUAGACAAACAAAAAUCGUCAUAUCACAAAAAAUGAAAAAUUAUUUUUGGAAUAAAAUAAAAAUUUUCGUAUUAAUUAUCCACUUAUUUGUAACUCGAAAUAAAUAUCUCGAUAUUUUACUCACUAUAAAUUAUAAGGAAAGGACAACCAGAUUACUGAAUGGAAAGUGCCGGGCGGGAGAAAGACUUACUUAUGAUUAUAAGUGUGAAUCAUGCAAAAAGGGGUUUUAUAAUUUUUCUCGAGAAAAUAAUAAAUGUUUUCCUUGCCCUUUGGGGACUUUCAGUGAUAAAUCGGGAUCCAUUAUGUGUACAAAUUGCCCUCACGGAUAUACAACCCAUUUUACUGGCUCGAAAUCUAUUGCAGAAUGUGUCUGUGACGUGGGUUUCAAGUUCGACAAUAUUACAAAUAUGUGUCUAGAGUGCAAUCCCUUGGAAUUUUGUGAUGAUAAUGAGCGUGUAUGGUCAUUUAAAAAUAUGUGCAUGAAAAAAAAGGGUAAGGAAUAUGUAAAAUUGUGUGAAGAAACUAAAAAAAAGGAAAUAUAUAAUUUAAACAUAUAUUGUCCUAAAAAAGGAGUAUGUUCAAACAUGGAGAAGAAUAAAAGCUGUGUCGAUGGGAAUAAAUUAAUACAAUGCAAAAUUUGUGAAGAGAAUUACAGAUAUGACCUUAUAAGCCCAGCAAUAAAUUCAUGUGUUUAUUGCAACUGGGCUUCAUAUUUGGCAAUUUUUUAUUUUAUGAUAAUUAUGAUACUUAUAAACAUUUUAAGAGUUAUAUAUAUUAAUAAUUUAGAAAUUACAAGAAUAAUAAACGCUUUUAUCAAAUAUAUUCACUAUAUUUCUCUUCUAAGAUAUAUUAAUUCGAAUUAUGAUAAUGAGAUCAUAAAUGUUGUUUACCUUUUUACCGUUGGAAUCCCACUGAACGAAAUAUUGGACUGUAUAUUUACUGGAGGAACGAAUAAUGAACGAAUAGUGCAGAAGAUAAAUUUUUUAUUAUGCUGCCCUUUAUUAUUUUCAGCAUUGGGCAUACUUGGAACGUUAAUUGUUUUUCUAAUUCGAAAAAACAAGAAAGAUUCAAAAAAUGUGGAAAAGUGUUUGAUGAUAAAUCCUUAUGAUUUUAUAGAUAAAAAGUUAGCUAAAAAGACAUCACCAGAUAUAAAGUUUUCAAAUCCAUUCAAUAUGAAUAUAGAUAAUUGUGAUAUAGAUAAUAUAAAUGUAGAAAUGACGAUAGAUGAAGACGAAAAAUAUGAUAUCGAUAAUUUAAAAAAUUGUUUCAUUUUAUUUUAUAUUUUAUAUAAUAAUUUUCUAUAUUUUGAAAUAAUAAGAUUAUGUAUUUUUUUUGGUUUUUGUAAUUAUGACGAAAAUCGAAAGGAAUACUUUUUAAUAAUUGACGAUUCGUUAAAAUGUUCAGAAAUAGGAUAUUAUGGGAAAGUUAUCAUAAUAAUAAUAUUUUGUACAUGUAUAAAAUUUAUGAAUUAUUUUUUCGUUUUAUUUAAAAAUAAUAAAAAAAAAUGGAUUUUGAAAGAUAUUUUAUUGUUAUACCAAAAAAUAGAAAAGUUUAAUAAAGUAGACAAUAUUUUGUUGUUAUUUUUUUUAGUAUUAUUUUAUAAACGUUUUUUAAAUAAUUCAAACCCAUCCUUAAUAUAUAAUUAUAAAAACGGUUUAUAUAAUGGUAAUAUUCAUAUAUUUCAAUAUAUAUUAAUUAUUAUUCCUUUUUUUAUUUAUAUUUUAAUUAUGUAUUUGUAUGUGUACGAAUUUAAUGAUAGUGUGUGUGGAAAAUGUGAAAACAGUUAUGAUAGUGAAAAAUUAAAUUCAGAAAAAUUGAAUGUCAAAGAUAAGAGAAAACAAUAUAAAAAUAUAAAAUGUAUAAGUAAUAACUUGUAUUCUUGUAAUAAUCUAACCAUUGAUAACGUAGAAAUUGACAAAAAUGAGAAAGGAUCUGGAAAAAAUAAUUAUACUUUUAAUGGUAUAAUAUCUGAAGAUAAAAAAGAACCAAAAAAUAAUAGCAAAGCUAUAAAUAAUAAUUGGAAUAAAACUGAUAAAUUGAGUAACAAUAAUGAUAUCAGUAUGGUUAAAAUUAAAAUAUUUAUAUCCAAAUUAAUACAAAAAGUAAAAAAUCCUACUAUGAAUAAAAUUGAAAGUAAUGAUAAAAAAAUAGAUCAAUUUUUAUUUUCAUUUUCUUUUUUUUUAUAUGGCACUAUUUUGUUGUCCUAUUAUUUAUUCCUAUCAUAUGUACAUAUAAACAAGUUUGGUGGUAUUUUAACUAUUAUCGUAAUAGCAUGUAAUGUAGCAAUAUAUUUUUUCCUUUUUAGUAAAUUUAUAAUUUAUUUUAAAGAUGAUAUUAAAAAAAAAUGUGAAAGGACAUUAAAUAUAAUUAUAAAAAAGAUAAAAAGACUUGGAUUAUUUGGUAUAGGGAAUAGUCGAAAAAACAGAGAUGUCGAUAUUUUCAAAGAUGUUAAAAAAAAUGAUAAUAGUUUAAAAGAGAAAAAGACAAAAAUGGAAGAAGACUUAGUAUUAAAUAAAGAAGAUAAAAAUAAAAAUAAAAAUAAAAAAUCAAUAAAUAAUAUUAUAAAGAAAAAUUUGGGUUAUAAUUAUAACAAACCCAAUUUUAAGGGGAUUAACAGUUUUGUAGAAAAUAAUUAUAAAAAUAUAAAACAUAAAGCUAAAAGAUAUAAAUUAUUAAAUAUUUCAAAGACGUGGAUUUAUUUUUUAUAUAAUAUAAUCGAUUUAUCCAAUGAACCUGAAAUUUGUUUGGCUAUGCUAAUUUGCUUAACUCUUCAAAAUGAAUUCCUUAAUAUGAAUUUAGACAGGUGCUUAGAGGUACUAGAAAAUAAUAACUUUUGUAAAAUAAGCAAUUUAAAGAUAGUAUUAAAAAAUUUUAUUAAAUAUAGAAAUAAAUUUUUAAAAAUAUUAUCAGAGAAUAGUAAUAUGAGUAUUAGGUUUAAUAAUUGUGAAGUGGAUACAAAAUCUGAUGAAAUCAAAAGUAAUAAUAAUGUGAAUAAUAAUAAUGUGAAUAAUAAUAAUGCGAAUAAUAAUAUAAUAUGCGAAGAUUAUGAGAGCUUAAUUGUUUUCGCAUGGGGAAUGAGUAUUUUAUGUUAUUGUAAUUUAAAAGAUAUAAAUUAUAAUUUAUCAAAUAUUUUAUUAUAUGUAUCAAAUGUAUUAAAUACAUGCCGGUAUUUUAAAAAUAUUAUAGACAUAUGUUUUGGUGAUUAUUAUAAUUAUGAUUUUUCACAUAACAAUAAAGAUUCAAUUGAAAAUAAUGUAAAAUUUAAUUUAUAUUCCUAUAAUAACUUGGAUUUUAAUAACGAUUAUAAUUAUAUAAACCAUAAUUCGAAUUUAAAUAUUAUGGAUAAAGCAAAUAAUAAUGUUCAAAUUUAUUCAAAAGAUUUUCAAGAACCGUUUUAUAAUGAUAUGGGUAAAAGUGUUUAUAGCGAAAACGAGGAAACGAAAUUUAAUAAAAAUAAUAGAAUGUUAACAUCAGUUGGUAGAUGUGAUGUCAUAGACUAUACGACUAAAGGUGAGUAUAAUAACAAAGGAUCCUUUUCAGGCUUAUUAAUAAAAGGGAAUAUGAAAAAUAUGGAGCAUAGUUUCGUUAGAAAUCAAAAUAAACAAGUUAACAAGCAAAAUGAAGUAACGAAAAAAAAAUGGUUAGUAGACAUUUAUAAUAUGUACAUUUCAGAGGUGUGCAGGAUUUAUAUUCAUUGCUUAUUAGUAGAUAUAGGGGAACUAUAUUUCAAUAUACAUUAUAAUUAUACAUGUGAAAAGUAUAUAUGUAACAAUCUAUUAAACUUAUGGGGAUAUAAUAUAAGUAAUAAUUUAUAUAUGAAAAGAUAUUUUGAAAAUAUAGAAAAAUUUAAUAAGAAUAAUAUGAUGGAUAUAUUAUUAUACAAUAAAGACAUCAAUCUUAAUAUCGAUGGUAAUUUUGUUUUAAACAUAUCAGAUUAUAUAAACAAAAAUGUAAUAAAUAUUGAUUUUUAUAAUAUAUUUAAAAAAAUAGGUAAAAGUCAUAGAAUUCAGAUAAAAAAAUUAAUAAAGGAAGGAGAUUAUUUGAAUUAUAAUAGUUUAGUUGAGUUUUCAAAAAUAUACACAGAUUAUGAAGAAAUCGAACAAAUACAAAAUAUAGAAGUAGACAAUAAAAUAAAGAAUGAUUUUUUCAAAGUUUUUAGUAAUGCAUUUCCACUUUUCAUAGAAAAGGAUAAUUAUAAAUAUUUAGAUAUGAAUGAAAUAAACCAAAUUGAAGAGAAAAAAAAAUUCAUCAUUUUAUAUAAAACUAUGGGAGAAAAAUAUAUAGAGGAAUAUAUUUUAAAGAAUUAUGAAGGUAGUAAAAUAAAUUAUUUUCAAAUGGACAACUACGGAGCUGUUAUUUCUAUUUGUGGAAGUUUUUUAAAAAAUUUAUUGAAAAUAGAAGAAAACCAAUUCAGAAAAAUGGAGAACAAUACAGAUGAAGAUAUACUUAAAAAAGAGACAGUUAAAAGAGAAAAAUAUAUAGUAAACAAUAAUACCACAGAAAAUGAUAUGUUGAAUAAAAUACAUUUGAAUAUGAUAAACAAAAAUGAGUACAACUACACAAAUUGUGAAUUUUUAGAAAAUAAAAAAAUUGGUAUAUUUUCUCACAAUAAUUAUGAAUGUAAAGAAGGUGUUACUGGGGAUUUGAAAGGAAUAGACUUAAGAAAUGGAAACUCAUUAAUUGGGAUAUUUCCUUCUGUAGUUUUACCAAAUGCAUUUACAAUAGAAUUAUGGUUAUAUUUUAAUUCUAAAAAAAAUAAUUAUAAUAAUAAUAAUAAUAAUAAUUUAAAAAGUUUUAUUGUUUGUGAUAAGAAUGGGAACUCUAUAUUUGUAAUUGAUAGAAAGAAUGAUAAAAUUGAAAGCAUCGGGAUUUUUUCAAAUGAAAUAAACUUUUUAAGUGAAAAUUAUAAAAGACGGUAUUAUAUUUGUAAUGAAAAUAAAAAAUGUGGAAAAAAAGAAAAAAAAAAUGUGGUUGUUAAUAAAAAAGUAUAUAACGGUAUUUAUAUCCAAAGUGAGAAAUUAAAAAAAUGGGAAAAAAUUAAUAAAAUUUUAAAAAUAAAUAAAUGGAAUUUAUUAAAUGUAACCAAAUGUGCAACUGGAUUAGUUUACUAUAUUAAUGGAAAAUAUUUAAGCAAUAUUUCUCAUGAAAUAUUAAAUUUAGAGAAAUCAUUUGAAAUAUGCAUAUUUGGUAAUUCGUGUUUUGGGAAUAAUAAUAUCGGAUUAUUUUCGUCUUUUAAAAUAUUCGAAUUUCUAAACAAUGAAGAAAUAAAAAAAAGAUACAAAUUGAUAAAAAGUGUGAAAAAUAAAGAAAUGAUAGGGGAUAAUAUUAAUAUGGAAAAAAAUAAUAAUGUUAUAGAAGGGAUAGAUAUUAAAAUGAAUUAUAUGAAAGGUAACGAGGAAGAAUAUUUUAUAUAUUUUAUACAGUCUCCAAAAAAUAAGUAUAAAGUUGUACCUACUAUAAAUAAUCCCAAAUAUGGGAUAAAAAUAUAUCAACUAAAAUUUGUUAUUAUAAAAAAUGAAUGCAACAAAAUGGAGGAAAAUAUGGAUAAAGAAAAUAGACACAUGAAAUCUCAUUUCAAAAUUAUUAAUAUAGACAAUAUGAAUGAAUAUGGAUUUGAUUUUUAUUAUAAAAAAAUUGGUAAAAAAUUGGAUGGUGUUCCUAAAAUAUAUGGCAUAAAUAUAUUUUCUGAUUAUUUAAUAUUUGGUUGCGAUUUAUCACAAUUUUAUACAAUUGUUUUAUAUCCAUCUUUAUGUAUAUAUAAUGAGCUUGUUAAACCUUGUGGAUAUACUAUAUCUGGAUGGUUUUUUUUUCCAGUUGAAAAAAAUAUUUCUUUUUUAUCCUUGAUUAGUGGUACAAAUGAUGUUCACAUCUGUGUGUUCAGUGACGAUAUGAUCCUUGGAUCAAUUGAAAAUUAUGUUAGAUCCAAUAAAAAUAAUGAAAGAUACACGAUAUAUCAUUCUUCUGGGCUCAGUAUUAAAGACAUUAAAAAGGGGUGGUAUUAUUUGAGUGUUGUAGGGACUUUAAAUGGACAAUUUUAUUUUAUAAAUGGGUGUUUUAAAGGAUAUCAUAAAUUUUGUUCUUUUGAUAAUAUAAAAUAUAUAGGUAAUAGUAGUUUAUUUAUUAAUCCAUUUCCUUACAUCUGUUUUAUAAAGGUUAUAGGACGCGUUCUUUCCGUAAAUGAAAUAUUACAUGAAUAUAGCAUUUCGUCUGGAUACAAUAAUUUUACAUACCUGUAUUAUUAUUAUUAUUUAUUUCUUCUUUUCUCAAAUAACGAGGAAAACGAUGAUGGAUCAUUUGUUUCAAAAAACAGUUUAAUUGAUAGAUCAAAUACUAGAGCAGAUGCAAUAUCAAGUGAUGAUACAAAUUCAUUGUAUUGUUACAAUAAAGAAAAAUAUAUAUAUUUUUAUAUUACAAAAAAUUAUAAUGUUUACAUUUAUCCUUUAGAAGAAUCCAAAAACUAUUAUUUCACUUUGUCUCUCGUAUCUAUGAUAAAUAAAAAAUUGUAUAUUUUUAAUAGUAUAAAUGAUCAGAUUAAUAAUUUGAAUAUAUAUUUUAUUAAUUAUAUAGUAUUGCCUGAACAAUGGACAAUUUUUGCACUUAUUAAUAUACCCCAUAUAAAUGAGUCAAAUUACCAUUGUUUAGUAGGGGGUAUAAAUGGAAGGUCUCAUAUUGUUAUUGAUAAUGAUAAUAUGGUAUUAGGAGUUUUGGAAAAUGCAGAAGUUUUUAAAAAUGAAGAAGCUUUUAAAAAUAAAAAUAUUUAUGAACGAAAUGAAAAAUAUAAUAAUGAUAUUAAGGGUGGUGAUGAUGAUAAUUUCACUCAGAUUCGCUAUAAAGAAGCGUAUCAAAAAUUUUAUAGUUGCGGAUAUAAAUUUGAAAAUCCGUUAAACAAAGAUAUAUUAUUAACAACUAGGUGCAUAAAUAAUCAACAGACAUUUUUUAUAAACAAUACUAAUGUAGGAACAUGUCGAUCAUGUCGUAGUGCUAUAACAUGUUUUGGAAAUUGCUUAUCAACAAAUAAUGAAUACUCUGCUCCUUUUGGUAAUUACAAAUUUAUUAAAAUAGUUUUUGGGUAUAUUAAUGAUGAUAAAAUUAAGGAAUUUUAUACAAAUUAUAGUUUGUAUCGAAAUAAAUUUGUAUAA